AUGGCCACCGCUACCCUCGCGGCUACGGAUCUCCGCGCUGAACUGAAGGAAUGGGAGCGCGCUUUCUCAGCUGCCAAUGGAGGGAGGAAGGCCGGACGGCAUGAUAUUAAAAACAAUCCUGAUAUUGCCGCCAAAUACAAAGCCUACGGUCGAAUGAAAGCCCUCGAGUCCGCAGCCGACAAGGAUAAGCACCACGACCAGAACGAAAGCACACUAGAAGAACGCCCCAAGAAGCGAAAGCACACCUCCCCUACCGGUCCCGGACAUGAACAAUCUAACGCCGCUACUCCCCGGAAAUCAAAUAAAGGAAUCUUCGCGACCCCUUCACGACCACGAGUAAACCAUCCCGCCGAUCUAGAUCCCUACGACUCCCCCUCAGUGUUACGCCGGCUCUUCAGUCCGAGUACGCAUCAGCAAUCGACACCGCUCAAAGCUGCCGUUGGACCUACACCGCAGCGUGAUGGGAAGGCACUGGGUUUGUUCGAUCUCCUGUCUGAAUCUGGGGGUAGUACUGCGACACCCUCUGCGACUCGGAUAGCCAGUCUCCAAGGAGCUGCGGUCCAGACACCAUCUAGACGAAACCGCAUGGAGACAAUCGCCGAGGAAGACGAGGAGGAAGAAGAAGAGAACCCCCGCGGAGGACGAACGCCCGCAUCAUCAGGGAAAAAACUGUAUCUGGAAAAUCUAUUCGCGACACCCACAACGAUGAAAUACGCCGCGAUGGUAGAAGAUGAGGAGGACCGCAAGCCUCUCACGGCCAAUGUUUACGCGGCUUCAGAGGCUGCAGCAUCAGCAAACAGGAAAGCAGCUGGUCCGGGCGAAACACCAUCGUUCCUACGACGCUCGAAUGCGGGACGAUCAUCUAAUGGUAUUGAUCCGUCGACCGGUGGGUUGAGCCCGAUUGCAGCGCGCAAACCACCGCAGUUCGUUGGGAAGGGUCUUUCGGCGCUCGUGCAGGGGUUACGGGAUAUGGAGGAAGAGCGGAUGGAGGACGACAUGGAUGUAUUGCGGGAGAUGGAAGCGGAACAAGGUGCCAUGGAUAAUAACGAGAUCGAUAUGGAGGAUAGCCAGGCAGGUGACGGCGCUAGUCGGAAACCGUAUAAGAAAAAGGGUCAGAAGAGGUCUACACGGCGCGUCCGUAUGAAGCCGGUCGUUGUUCCGAAGGCGCAGACGAAGUCGACAGAACCGUCUGGAGACGAUGAGGAGGAAAAUGAACAAGCCGCGAUUCCGGAGACUCAAUUCCAAGGACAAUCUGAGAACCACUUCUCCGAAGAUGACGAUGCCGACGACGCCUCCCUACACAGCAUCUCAGAACCCGAACUAGAAGACUCAGACCCCGACUUUGACGAACCCGUUACGAAAACCAAGAGUUUCGCCGAGAAGAUGAAGGAAGCCAUAUCCGCAGGCUCCAAGAACAAUCCACAAGAGUCAUCUCAAUCAUCCGAAUUGGCAAAAGCGAAGGCAAAGCAAAAAGAGAAGGCAAAGAAAGACAAGGAGAAGGAAGAGAGUGCUAAACCUCGCCCGCGCAAGGUUAACCCUGAGGCGCAUGCGAAUUACCGCUCUCUUAAGAUUAGAAAUAAGAAUACUAAAGGACGGGGCGCUGGUCGCUUCAGGAGAUAG